AUGCCUUCAACGCAUGAAGAGGAUGAUGACGUUGUGGAGAUUGGUCCAAUACGUUCGGGUAGCACCAACAACGCUAACUCUAUUAACAAUUCAACCGGUCAUUAUCGUCAUUUGUUUCCUGACGAUAUCGGAAGGGUUGAAGAUGUUGUUGGAAAUAUAAAUUCGCAUUCAACAUUGCAAUCUGUGGAGGAAGAAGAAAAUGAUUCAUCAAAUGAUGAAAACUCUCAAAGUGGUAGUAUCAUAUCGGACAAUGAAGACGAAGUAAGCGAUGAAGACGACUAUGAAGAAUAUGAAGAAGAAGAAGAAUUAAAUUUUAAUGAAAAAGAAGAGAAUGUGGAUCUUCGGGAAUGGAAAAUUGUUUUUCCAUCAGUACAUGAAAAACAACAAGUAUCAGAAUUAUCCUCCAAUAAUACUCGUGGAGACACGGAGAUUUUACCUGCUUCCUCAGAAUUUCGACCAACACACUCACCUCUCACCAACAUUGGAAAUUCCCAUGCAUUUCAACAAAAUCAUCAAGAAUCAAUUAUUGUUGUACACGAUCAUCAAACAAAUAUCAAAACAACGAAUGAACAACACAUUCCGAACAUUUUUAUUGGAAUGCCCAAGCAUGAAAGGCUUGCAGAACUACUUGAUCCGAAUGAAUCUCCAAUAUCAGAAUGUACUUAUAUUUUACAGACGAGAAGUGAUGAUCCAACACCCUAUGUUCCCGAUCAUUUAUAUACUUCAUUGGUUUAUCAAUUCUAUCAGUCUGUGUUAUUUCACGAGAAAAUUCGAAGAAAAUAUGAAAAGGUGAUUGCCGAUAUCAAGUUGGUAUUCCAUGACACUGGAGAAGAGGUUGUGAAAAUUGUUCCCAUUCCCGAAGUGAAUCAGAAACCCAUUCCUGCAAACUUGAUUCCAGAAAAACAAGGAGGUUCCUCGAAAGAAGUAAUUUCUGGAGAUAUCAACGGGCUCGAAUUGAUUAAGCCCAUUUCACAACGCGACGAUGCUGAUUCAGUCAUGGAAAAUCGAACCAAAUUCAAUGUGGAUGUUGUCUCCUUUCAUUACAAGCAUCGGCCAUUUUGUCUUCAAUUAAGGUAUUACUUUCCAGAGGAUUACCCACCAUCAUCACCACCAACGAAUAAUUGCGACCACCCAAAUGAUGGACCUUUUUGCAUUCUUCACAGUGCACCAUUUACAACUUCAGCACGUAGAAAAAAUUCGCAACGAAUGAUUGAGAGUAAGAAACGUAAAAAGUUACAACGACUAAUCGAUCGAAAGAGAGAGAAACUACAAACACACAUAGCCAAUCAGCAACAACAGCAGCAAGCAGCUUCCACAACCCAACCUGCCACUCUUGAAGAUUUUGCGAAUAAGUUGAAAGAGCUUAUUUAUUUUUCAGCUGUUUUACCAAAAGAAGAUCAACGAGUAGCCAUUCAAGCGGCACUGAGAAGUUUGGUUCAAAAUGACAAAGACAUUUAG